AUGAAGAUCGAACAAAUGAUGGGAGACGGUCAUCCAGAAGAAUAUGACUUUGAUGUUGAUGAAGAUAGGACAGAGGAGGAAAUUGCGCUUCCCGUCCCAAUGGAAGCUGACCAAACAACUUUAACGCUGCGAGAAAUUUUGCAACGGCUCAUUAAAUUGGAGGAAGCACAAGAAAUGAUGCUAGAAAUCCUGGAACGGCUUGAGGAACAACUUUUGCGAAAGGAGGCUAAGAUGAGAUGGUUUGAGAAUUCAAUAAAAGAGUUACUUCAACGCGUUCCUCCAGAGAAUCAGAGUGAUUUGGAAUAA